ACUUUAAGAUAAAGUAAAAGCAAGCAGCUUAGGGGAAAUACAAAAGCAAAAGAAGAAAAAGAAAAACAUCAAAGGAAGAAAGAAAAGAAAACAAAAGCAAUAAAGAAAGGGAAGAAAAAAAAAAGACAAAAGGUUCUCAAAACUCCAUGAUUAUUCAAAUUCUCUCAAAAACAGUACCAAGCACUGCUAGUGUUCCCCCUACUUAAUCACAACCUCUCAGACAACCUUGGAUCGGAACAACGUCUUCCUCUUUUCUUCUGUUCUUCUGUUCUUCUGUUCUUCUGUUCUUCUUUAGAGAUCAUAGCAAAAUUAACAAAGCCAUGAAUAGAGGUGUCUUGCAAAGCUCACCGGUGCAACAAAUGAUGGCUGCAAACCCUAACAAUUGGUGGAACAUCAACACCAUGCGCCCUCCUCCGCCUUCUCCUCCUCCUCCUCCCUCUCACCCUUCUUCUCCUUUCUUCUCCACUCCUUCUAACUUUCUAACUCCGUAUAACACCUCUUCUUCUCUUCCUCUUCCUUCUUGGCAUGAUAACAAUCAAGAACUACCUGAGUCAUGGAGCCAGCUUCUCAUGAGUGGGAUGGUGUCUGAAGAAGAGAAAGGGGCUAUGUGCCAGGUUCAGCAACAAAUGCUGAGUCAAGUUAAGCAAGAAGGGUCGGUGAACAGCUACGUGUACGGUCAUGGAAACGAAGAGUUUCACCCAGCAAAGCCAACUUGGCCUCAAACAGUGCCUUCUUCUUCCCCCAAAUCAUGUGUAACAAGUUUCAGCAGCAGCAUGUUAGAUUUCUCUAACAGUAACACAGAUGCUAGGCCUCCUCCUCCAGACCCAUCAUUAGAGUGUAAUAGCACUGCAGCUGGUGGGGCAUUCAAGAAAGCUAGGGUUCAACCGCCCACAACGCAGUCGACCUUCAAGGUUAGGAAGGAAAAAUUAGGUGACAGAAUUACAGCCCUUCAUCAACUUGUUUCCCCGUUUGGAAAGACUGACACGGCUUCUGUCUUAUUAGAAGCUAUUGGGUAUAUCAGAUUCCUUCAGAGUCAAAUUGAGGCCCUUAGCUUACCAUACUUGGGUAAUGGAUCAGGAAACAUGAGACAGCAACAAUCUGUUCAAGGAGAGAAGAAUUGUAUAUUCCCUGAAGACCCCGGUCAGUUGCUGAACGAAAACUGUUUGAAGAGGAAAGCAACUAGUGAGCAGGUUAUAAUUGAUUCUGAAGAAGAGGCGAAGAAGAAGGAUCUAAGGAGUAGAGGGUUGUGUCUGGUUCCAGUGUCAUGCACGCUGCAAGUUGGAAGUGACAAUGGAGCUGAUUAUUGGGCACCAGCUUUUGGAGGGGGGUUUCGGUAGAUGAAGCUAAUUUACUUAUUAGCAUAAAUUAAUAUAUAUGUUGUACAGCACACAGAGAAACGAAUUCAUGGAGAUUGUAUAACAUCAUUAGCAGUCAAUCUGCUGCAAAACCUAAGGCUGAUUGCUCAUGAUGCUAUACAUCAUUCCUGAAUAAAAUGUGUGCUGUCAAUCCAGUAGUAUAUAUUUGCAACAACUCCUUGUUAUUAAGAUUCCUAAAUUCAUAAAAAUCGACCUUUUGUUUAUUUUAACCAGCUUAAGCUGUAUAACGUUAGAUGAUUGUAUAUAUGCAGUCACUGUAUGAUUACUUUCAUUGCUACUUCUAUAGCAGUAAUUAAACAGACCAUGAAAGCUAUUACUGA